GGGUUUUUUUGUACUCAGGGGUGGCUGGCAACCCUAAACCGAGUCGAGGUGAGACCAAACCCACAGUUGUGGGUAGAUACUUUACUGGGCAUUGCACUCCAAACUGUGCACUGUCUCUUUAAAUGUGUGAGUCAGUGAUUUGUUCAGUGUGUGCUUUUCCGCAGCCUCUCAUCAUUUCUGCUGCUUCGCUUUUUAUUGUUUCUCCUCGUCAUUUUGUCAGGUCAUGGCCGCUCAUCCAGCCGACGAAUCCUUCCCUUUCCAUGGGCUGCUUCCAAAAAAAGAGACCGGGGCCGCUUCUUUCCUCAUCCGUUACCCGGAGUAUGAUGGCAGAGGAGUCCUCAUCGCUAUCCUCGAUACCGGCGUAGACCCAGGAGCCCCGGGCAUGCAGAUAACAAGUGAUGGAAGACCCAAAAUAAUAGACAUAAUUGACACUACAGGCAGUGGCGAUGUGGACACAUCUACAGUAGUGGAGCCAAAAGAUGGAACUAUUCCUGGACUAUCAGGGAGAACACUUAAGAUUCCUGUGACUUGGAAAAAUCCUUCCGGAAAAUAUCACAUUGGUGUCAAGAACGGCUUUGAAUUUUUCCCAAAGGCUCUGAAAGAAAGACUACAGAAAGAGCGACGAGAGAAGCUAUGGGACCCAACCCAUAGAGCUGCACUGGCUGAAGCCUGCCGAAAACAAGAGGAAUUUGACAGCACCCACACUAAUCUUUCUCAGGCAGAGAAGCUGCUAAAAGAAGAACUGCAGUGUCACACAGAGCUGCUUAACUCUCUAGAGAAGAAGUACAGUGACCCUGGGCCGGUUUAUGACUGCCUGGUCUGGCAUGACGGGGAGACCUGGAGAGCCUGUUUAGAUACAUCAGAAUGCGGGGACCUUAGCUGCUGUACGGUGCUCCGAAAUUACAAGGAAGCCCAAGAGCAUGCAUCUCUGGGUAAUUCAGAAAUGCUGAAUUACUCUGUUAAUAUUUACGAAGAAGGCAGCAUUCUUUGCAUCGUGACCAGCGGAGGCGCCCAUGGAACCCACGUAGCCAGUAUUGCCGCAGGUUACUUCCCAGAGGAGCCUGAACGAAAUGGGGUUGCGCCUGGGGCUCAGAUCCUUGCAAUCAAGAUAGGAGAUACAAGACUAAGCACCAUGGAGACUGGGACAGGCCUGAUCAGAGCUAUGAUAGAAGUUAUAAAGUAUAAAUGUGAUCUUGUUAACUAUAGCUAUGGAGAGGCAACACAUUGGCCAAACUCUGGAAGAAUAUGUGAAGUGAUCAAUGAAGCUGUGUGGAAGCACAAUGUCAUCUAUGUUUCAAGUGCUGGCAAUAAUGGUCCGUGCCUUUCAACUGUGGGCUGUCCAGGAGGGACUACAUCUAGUGUAAUAGGAGUUGGUGCCUAUGUUACUCCUGACAUGAUGACUGCUGAAUAUUCCCUUCGAGAGAAGCUUCCAGCUAACCAGUACACUUGGUCAUCCAGGGGACCUACCAUUGAUGGAGCCCUUGGUGUCAGUAUCAGUGCUCCUGGGGGUGCUAUCGCUUCUGUUCCAAACUGGACGCUCCGUGGCACACAGCUAAUGAACGGGACAUCGAUGUCCUCCCCAAAUGCCUGUGGUGGCAUUGCUCUGGUGCUGUCAGGGUUGAAAUCUAAUGGAAUCCAACCCACUGCUUUUGCUGUAAGAAGGGCAUUAGAAAAUACAGCUGUAAAGAUGGAUGACAUUGAAGUAUUUGCACAAGGUCAUGGAACUAUUCAGGUUGAUAAGGCUUAUGACUACCUCACUCAGCAUGCAUCCUUGCCAACCAGUAACCUGGGUUUUACAGUUACUGUUGGUAGCCAUCGUGGCGUCUACCUCAGGAACCCUGUCCAACUUUCUUCACCUUCAGACCAUGCAGUCGGGAUUGAACCAGUUUUCCCAGAAAGCACAGAUAAUUCUGAAAGGAUAUCCCUCCAACUCCAUCUAGCUCUAACAUGCAGUGCACCAUGGGUUCAGUGUCCCACACACUUGGAGCUCAUGAAUCAGUGUCGACAUGUGAAUAUACGGGUGGAUCCCCAGGGGCUCAGAGAAGGACUGCAUUAUACAGAGGUGUGUGGCUAUGAUGUUUCAACCCCAAAUGUUGGUCCUUUGUUCAGAGUACCAAUAACUGUUACAAUACCAACAAAGGUAAAUGAAUCCACUACAUAUGAGGUACAUUUCAACGAUGUCUAUUUCAAACCUGGUCAGAUCAGGCGACACUUUCUUCAAGUUCCUCAGGGAGCCAGGUGGGCAGAGCUCACCAUAACUUCACAUUCGCAUGACGUGUCUUCAAAGUUUGUCCUCCAUGCAGUUCAUCUUGUAAAGCAGAAAGCAUAUCGUGCCAAUGAGUUCUACAAAUUUUCAUCUCUUCUGGAGAAGGGGUCACUGACAGAAGCUUUUCCUGUGUUGGAAGGGAGGACAGUUGAAUUUUGUAUCGCUCGAUGGUGGGCAAGUUUGGGUGAUGUUACUAUUGAUUAUUCCAUUUCUUUCCAUGGUGUGACCUGUUCUACAUCACAGUUACAUAUCCAUGCUUCAGAAGGUAUCUCUAGUUUUGAAGUGCUGUCUGCGUUAAAAUAUGAAGAAAUCUCACCUAGCAUAACCCUUAAAAACUGGGUGCAACCCUUAAGACCAGUGAGUGCAAAGACAAGGCCUCUUGCAUCAAGGGAUAUUCUGCCAAAUAAUCGCCAACUGUAUGAGAUAGUUCUGACCUACAACUUUACCCAAGCUAAAAGUGGAGAGGUGACACCCAGUUGCCCCUUGCUUUGUGAGUUAUUGUAUGAAUCUGAAUUUGACAGCCAACUGUGGAUGUUGUUUGACCAGAAUAAGAGACUAAUUGGGUCAGGAGAUGCAUAUCCACACCAGUAUUCUUUGAAGCUGGAAAAAGGAGACUACACUAUACGGCUUCAAGUCCGUCAUGAACAGAUUUGUGAAUUGGAACGUCUGAAGGACCUUCCUUUUAUUGUAUCGCAUAGAAUUUCUAACACACUGAGCCUUGACAUCUAUGAAACUCACAAAAAUGCACUUCUAAGCAAGAAGAAGGCAAACACGAUAACUUUGCCACCCAAUUGUUCACAGUCUUUCUUUGUUACGUCUUUACCAGAUGACAAGAUUCCUAAAGGAGCAGGGCCUGGCUGUUACCUGACCGGAUCGCUGAUAGUUCCAAAGAGUGAAUAUGGGAAGAAAGCAGCGCAGGCUGCAUCAAAACGGCAGAGAAAAUUUAAAAAGGAUGUGUUACCUGUCUAUUAUCAUCUAAUACCGCCCCCAAAUAAAACCAAGAAUGGAGGCAAAGAGAAGGAAAAAGACACGGACAAAGAGAAAGAUGUGAAGGAGGAGUUUGCAGAAGCAAUGAGGGACCUGAAGAUACAGUGGAUGACAAAGCUGGAUACAAGUGGUCUGUAUGAUGAAUUAAAAGAAACCUUUUCUAAUCACCUGCCUUUGCAUGUCACAAGACUACAGCAGCUGGACUCUGAAAAGGAGCGCAUGAAACGACUGAAUGAGAUAGUUGUGGCUGCAGACGUUGUCUUGUCCAGUAUUGAUCAGACUGCCCUGGCAGUUUAUCUCACUAUGAAGACUGACCCCAGGCCAGAUGCUGCUACUAUAAAAAGUGACAUGGAGAAACAGAAGUCCUCCCUGAUUGACGCGCUGUGCAGGAAAGGCUGUGCCCUGGCAGACAAACUCCUUCAGCUGCACUCGCAGGAUGGGGCGGUUUCUGAGGAGACGAGCAGCACAGAGGACAACCCCGAGGGCUGCUUGAAGGAUCUCACAGACACCUUCUGGGAGAUCCAGAAAUGGGUCGACCUCACUGACUCGAAGGUUUUAACAUUUGCAUAUAAACAUGCCUUGGUGAAUAAAAUGUAUGGAAGAGCCCUAAAAUAUGCAACAAAGAUUGUAGAAGAGAAGCCCAGUAAAGAGAACUGUACAAACUGUAUCCAGCUAAUGAAGUCACUUGGAUGGACCCACUCUGCAUCUUUUGCUGACAACUGGCUUCCCGUAAUGUAUCCUACAGACUAUACCCCCUUCUAAUUUUUAUUUGUAUUUUUAUACAUACAUUAGUCCUGUAUACUGUAUUUAGGGCAAUGUUUUAAUAAUUUGAACUUUCUUUUUGUAAAGCAUGGUUUCAUUGUUCAGCAAAAUGCCCUUUCUUAAAUAAUAUAUGAAACUAACACACAUUGUGCAGUAAACUCACAGUAUACAACCUACUGUUUUUAACUAAGUUGACAUGUCAGGGUUUUACAGUAUAUAUUCUAGAAAAUAUAUAUAUAUAUAUGUAUACUUUUUAGAAGCUGCUUUUAACUAACCCAUAAGCAGGUAUUAUUUUAUAAACAUUAUGUAUCUCAUUUUUUGUUAUCAAUGUAAAGUGAAAAAAGUAUGAAAAUGUCAUAUGUUAAAUGACAUGAAUCCUGAAUAAAAUAAACAAUUGGAAGUCA